UGGAGCAGUCUCAGCUUCGGCCGCCAUUUUGUGCAGUCGCUGGGAAGGAAGGAGACGCCUAAACCGCGGCACUGCCGGGUUUGAGCGUAGCCAAACCUGCCCACUAAUUUUAUAACCCCGAUUCUCUGUGUUUUGCUCCCGUCUCCGACGAGAGAGGCGGCGACGGUGGCGUCUGCGACGGGAGACAGCGCGUCGGAGCGAGAGAGCGCCGCGCCUGCCGCCGCCCCAACAGCGGAGGCGCCGCCGCCAUCGGUCGUCACCAGACCGGAGCCGCAGGCCCUCCCGAGCCCGGCCAUCCGUGCCCCGCUCCCAGAUCUCUAUCCAUUUGGGACCAUGCGCGGAGGCGGCUUUGGGGACCGGGACCGGGAUCGUGACCGUGGAGGAUUUGGAGCAAGAGGUGGUGGUGGCCUUCCCCCAAAGAAAUUUGGUAAUCCUGGGGAGCGUUUACGUAAAAAGAAGUGGGAUUUGAGUGAGCUCCCCAAGUUUGAGAAGAAUUUUUAUGUGGAACAUCCAGAAGUGGCAAGGCUGACUCCAUAUGAGGUUGAUGAACUACGCCGUAAGAAGGAGAUUACCGUGAGAGGGGGAGACGUUUGUCCUAAACCUGUGUUUGCCUUCCAUCAUGCUAACUUUCCACAAUACGUGAUGGAUGUGUUGAUGGAUCAGCACUUCACAGAACCAACUCCGAUUCAGUGCCAGGGAUUCCCAUUGGCUCUUAGUGGCCGCGAUAUGGUGGGCAUUGCUCAGACUGGCUCUGGGAAGACCUUGGCAUAUUUACUGCCUGCAAUUGUUCAUAUUAACCACCAGCCAUACUUGGAAAGGGGAGAUGGUCCAAUUUGUCUAGUUCUGGCUCCUACCAGAGAGCUUGCCCAGCAAGUACAGCAGGUGGCCGAUGACUACGGCAAAUGUUCCAGAUUGAAGAGUACUUGCAUUUAUGGAGGUGCCCCUAAAGGUCCCCAGAUUCGAGACUUGGAGAGAGGUGUUGAGAUCUGUAUAGCUACUCCUGGACGCCUCAUAGAUUUCCUGGAGUCAGGAAAGACAAAUCUUCGCCGAUGUACUUACCUUGUACUGGAUGAGGCUGACAGAAUGCUCGAUAUGGGAUUUGAACCCCAGAUCCGGAAAAUUGUCGACCAAAUUAGGCCUGAUAGGCAGACAUUGAUGUGGAGUGCAACCUGGCCAAAAGAAGUGAGACAGCUCGCAGAGGACUUCCUUCGGGAUUACACCCAGAUCAACGUAGGCAACCUGGAGCUGAGCGCCAACCACAACAUCCUGCAGAUUGUGGAUGUCUGCAUGGAAAGUGAAAAGGACCACAAGUUGAUUCAACUCAUGGAGGAAAUAAUGGCUGAAAAGGAAAAUAAGACAAUAAUAUUUGUAGAGACAAAGAGACGAUGUGAUGAUCUCACUCGAAGGAUGCGCAGAGAUGGUUGGCCAGCUAUGUGUAUCCAUGGAGACAAGAGUCAACCAGAAAGAGAUUGGGUACUUAAUGAGUUCCGUUCUGGAAAGGCUCCCAUCCUCAUUGCCACAGACGUAGCCUCCCGUGGGCUAGAUGUGGAAGAUGUCAAGUUUGUGAUCAACUACGACUAUCCAAACAGCUCAGAGGACUAUGUACACCGCAUUGGCCGAACAGCCCGUAGCACCAACAAGGGCACGGCCUACACCUUCUUCACCCCAGGAAACCUAAAGCAGGCCCGAGAGUUGAUCAAGGUGCUGGAAGAAGCCAAUCAGGCCAUCAAUCCAAAACUGAUGCAGCUAGUGGACCACAGAGGAGGCGGCGGAGGAGGGGGAGGUCGUUCUCGAUACCGGACCACUUCUUCAGCCAACAAUCCCAAUCUGAUGUAUCAGGAUGAGUGUGACCGGAGGCUUCGAGGAGUCAAGGAUGGUGGCCGGAGAGACUCUGCAAGCUAUCGGGAUCGUAGUGAAACCGAUAGAGCUGGUUAUGCUAAUGGCAGUGGCUACGGAAGUCCAAAUUCUGCCUUUGGAGCACAAGCAGGCCAAUACACCUAUAGUCAAGGCACCUAUGGGGCAGCUGCUUAUGGCACCAGUGGCUAUACGGCCCAAGAAUAUGGCGCUGGCACUUACGGGGCUAGUACCACCGCUUCAACUGGGAGAAGUUCACAGAGCUCUAGCCAGCAGUUUAGUGGGAUAGGCCGGUCUGGGCAGCAGCCACAGCCACUGAUGUCACAACAGUUUGCACAGCCUCCGGGAGCUACCAAUAUGAUAGGUUACAUGGGGCAGACUGCCUACCAAUACCCCCCUCCUCCUCCUCCCCCUCCUCCUUCACGUAAAUGAAACCACGAGAGUGGUAGUGACUUACGCAGACUUACUACAUUUAAAGGAACGCUGUCUUUCCCUUUUUUUUUUUUCCUCUUCCCUUUUUCUUUCUUUUUUAUUUUUUCUCCCAGCCAUUGUGAUUUGUCUUUCCUGCAGAUUAGUUAGAAUUCUCUGCCAGGUUUCUUCAGCCCGCCAAAUUGAUCCAGUCUGUAAUAACAGAUUUUGUAAAAAUUAUAUGUGUAGCUGACUGGAAGAGAUUUUUUUUUUUCCCCCAACUUCUUGCAUGUGGAGGAUAUUUGAGCUAUUUUUCAUCUUAAAAGAAAAAGCAAGGUAUUAGGCCCUUUUGUGGGAGCCCGUUUUUGUUGUCCUGAAUUUGAGGGGUGGGGGUACGGGAGGGUAGAGGGUUGGAUUCUGCAGAAGGAGAUGGCAUCUGUGCUUUAAAUUGCUCUCAUUACUAGUUAGAAAACCAAGAGGGAUUUCCCUGCACAUUUUCCAGAAUGUUUUUUAAUGUUGCUCAAGCUGGAACGGGGUUCUUCAGGCCUGAUGAGUUUUUAAGACAGUGCUUUGCCAUUGUCAUUUUGGCUGGUUGCUUGUUAUAAGUGCAUUCAACAGUCUAAAAAUUCCUAAUUCGUUUUGUCUCCCUUAUACCUUGCCUUCUCCCUUCCCGAUUACUGAAAAAUAACCAUAUUAGUGUCAGGUUAGAAAUUGAAUUGCCGAGUCGGAAUUUUUUUAAGUAUCUUUUAAAUGAAAAACCCCAAGUGUUCAUGGCAGUGGUUAAAUGUAGCAGCUCAGCAUCUGGGUGGAAGCUGCCUAUUCUUCCCCAUAUAAACGGACCAUCUGUGAGAUCCACUUUCCAACCAGACAGCUGCUGUGAGCAAGAACAUAAAUGCUCACUGGAAGCUGAUUAACCAGUUCAAGAUGCAUUCACUUGUAGUGUACAAACCACCUGUAGUUAUAAACAAUAUACUCAUUGGGCAAAUUUUAAGCUCGAGAGCUAGAAUAAAAGCAGCUCUUGGCCACCUCCUCAGCCCUUUUGGCCAAGUUGUCUUAAAGAAUCUCAAGGGUUUGUUAAGAAAGAACUCUUACUCUCUUCAUACUCUGUUCUCUGCAGUGCUUUGUAACAGCUUUCGGAUGCAAAUUUUCCUCGGCAUCCUUUUGCACUCAGCUUUUUACAGGUAGGUAGUGCUUGAGAAAAAUUACAGAGAACUAAAGCCUAAACCUUUUUACUUUUCCUCCAUCUAAAGGUAGGUGAGUUCAUCCCCUUUGUAGUAAUACUGAUUGUUUUACUGAUACUGCCUAUGACAGAUAGGCCUGGAAAGAAUCUCUUGGGUUCACUCAUAACAGGACAGGGAGAUCAGACAGCCCCAGAAACCUCUUCCAUACCUAGUGUGAGACUUCAUUUUGUAGUGCUGUUGUCAGUAUUGUUCAUUCACAAUGUACUCAAAGGGGGAAGGCUCCACUGCAUUCUUUGGCUAAGGCCUGAGAGUGCUCGCUGGUUUGUAAGAUCCAAAUAUCUAAAUACUUGAGGUUUUUUGUUUUCCUUUUUAAGUUCUUCAGGGAGAGAAGGGGUUGUUUCUGAGGGGUUCUGAAAGUAUGGUUGAAUAUGCAGCAUACAGGUAGGUUAUCAGCAUACGCUGAAAUAUAUGCAUGUAAGAACUUGGACAUCUUUUUACCCCCUACUUUCUUCCUUAACUUUUCUUUUUCUCCUUAUAGAAGUUUAGGGUGAGGGGAGGAUAGUAGGCACAGGAAAAAUGUGGCAAAACUGCUCUGUGCUUUCCAACCAAAGUGUCUUCACAAUUUUUUUUGCCUAAGCACUGACAAGUCCAUUGUAGACAUCUCUGCACCAAAAUUCUGAUGUUUUUUUAAAAACAGGUGCCACCGGUGGGAGUGUCCUACUCUUGCAGGUCUUACAAGCACCCCUUUUCGGGAAAGGUCUCUGGGCAAGCAAGUGGUAUUUGGUCUGCUUGCUUCCCUUUUGCCCACCAGGGAUGUUGUAAUCAUAUAGUCAAAAUAACAGCAUAUUCCAAGUCUUAAAGACUCUUAUGGUCUGAGCACAGCUGGAAUCUAGCAGAGUUUUUCCUGUAAUUCUAAAGUAACUGCUUCCUGUGUCUGUCACUCAUAAUUAGGUUCCGCCUUUGCUUUCAGAACAUGAGCAGAAGAGAUCUCAUUUGAUGCUAGGUAUGUGGUCAUGGUUGAAACUCAUUUAGAAAACAGAUUUCAAUAUUAAGCUUUGGGGCUGCUUCUCCCCAGUCCCUCCCUAACAAUUCAUUGUGUGUGUGUGGACUCCUCUCAUCUAAAAAGGUGGCUUUUGCUUGGGAUCAGUGCUCUAUUCACGUCCUUGCUGGUCUCUGAACACAUUCCUGUUGCAUUAAGACUUGAAAGAUUUGUAGAUGUGUGAUGUUCAGGCACAGGAUGCUAAACGCUAUGUUGCUAUUCUUAGUUUGUAAAUUGUCCUUUUGAUACCAUCUUGUUUUCUUUUGUAGGUAUAAAUAAAACACUGUUGACAAUAA